AUGGUAUGUGCACCAAAAGACGAGGCUGCAUAUCAGGAUAUCAUGGCGAAACAGCUGAUCGAAGCGGACAAGCCCGAAUACAAAGAACAAUGCAAACGCGCCCAAGGAAAGGUCAGGAACGGCAGGCCAGCGUGGAAGCACGGAGAAAAUGAUUCAAAGCCGCUCGGUACCACAGUAUCCGAGGAGGAUGCCGCCACCGCGCCACUAGCUAUCGAGACUCGCUUCAACUCCGCCAAUGAAUGGGACCAACCCCGAACGGUGUCAAGCUGUCCGACGAGGGCGUGUAUAUGGCAACGGAGUUUAUGA